AUUUCACGGACGUAAUGUCCUAAAGUCAUGAUAAAGAUGAAAUCCUCCGGGAAUUCUGGUGUGUUYUUGGUCCAAGUUGUCAGCUUGUUGGUGUUGACGUCGUUUGCUGCAGUCUCUACAGCAAGUCCGUCAACAACUUCUAGACCUUCUAUUUCCAUKAGUUUACCACACAAUUACUCUACUACAGAAAGACAUUCUGAAUCUUCAACUCUUAACUCUACCAAAUUAAUAACAAGUGGAAGGUACGAAACAACAAUCCAACCAAGUUUGAAUACCUUGGCACCGACUUCACAGCAUCCGAUUUUUAUUCCACAACUGUGUGAACCAGAUAAAAUGUCAAGGCAUGGUGUUGACAACGAUACUAGUGAAAAUGCACAAAUUCACCUUUUGCCUGGUAAGUCGUUCCAUGUUAUCCAAGAGAAGGCUUCCGUCAAUAUUCAAUGUCAGUUUUGUGUGACAAGGCCUAUGAAAUGGUUGCAUAUUUUGUGGUAUAAAGGAGGCAGUCUCAUUCAAGCUGGUGCGGACUAUAUUCCUAUCCGACGAGCUCGACACGAUGAUGAAGGCGUUUAUAGCUGUAAGAUCAUCACCCUAUCAAACCAGACAAAGUCAAAAGCAAUCACUGUUAUUGUUAACAAAGAUCCAAUAUUUUCCAUUAUUCCAUCUGUAUGGGCCAGAAACAUUUCAUACACACGAGCAACGAAAAUCCUGUGGCAAGUCCGCGGUCGAGGCCUCUUUGACGCAGUAAAAGUAACAAUAAAAGUACGACAGCUAGACAAUCCCUCGUGGUUGCAUAAACGAGCAUACACAGAGUUCAUUAGUGGAUCAACAGAACUGAACGAUCUUCAGCCAAGUACUGUUUACAUUGCCAAUGUUUCUGCUGUCAGUAGUUAUGGGAAAAAGAGCGAAUGUAGAUCGAUUGUGUUUUGGUCAAACGCCAAGAACUCUACAGAUUUUGACCGUGGAAUUCUCAGUCUUGAUUACUGCACAAGAAAACUCCUUGGAUUAAUAACAGGCAUCUUUGGUUUGGUAUUUACAAUUGGUGCUAUUUUCUGCUGUUGUGCUUAUCCCGUCUGUGAAUACAGAAAUCACCAUGGAUACACAUCAACUUCCCAGCAAGACAGCAGUUCAAUUAAAAUAAAUGAUCAAGAAGGAAACAUCAUUGAACUCGACGAAGAUACAGUGUUAAAGGUGUAAUCAGUUGUUUUCCAAUAAUGUGAAGAAAAAAAAACAGGAUCUGACCAGGAAAUAAAUAUGAGUACUUCCUUUUUAGUCUACAAUUGCUAUUUCUAGUUUUAUUUAUCAUCUCCCUCCUACGAAU